AUGGCAAGCUCGAGCACUCCUCGCAUAGAGGCGCUUUCAAGACCUGAACCGCUCAAAGAAGUUCUCGCGCAGGACAAAUUUGAAGACUGCUUGCCUUGCAGAAUCACUGGGGCCGCUGCGUUUAUGGGACUUGGUGUCUACAGCUACUUCUCUGGACACUCCCAGCUCAGAGCACAACAGGCCAAGAUCCUACAGAGCAAGAGCUUAUUCGGGUUGAAGAGUCGACAAGCUGGAAUUACCGGAAUCGCCCUUACACUCGCGGGAAUGGGCUUUUGGAGACUCGUCAACUAG